ACAAGUUAUUAUUAUUCUUGCAUUUUUGUGUUCAAGGGCUAUGUAUCUCUGAACAGCCAUGAAAAGGCUUCCUGGAAAACAAAAAACAAACAGAAAGAAUAUGUGUCCUGGCUCACAUGGUUCUACUCUACCGGGGGACAGGAGGAUCAGACGCUGGCAGACACUGAAAUUAUAAGGGUAGACACUGCAUUUCGCAAAAUCAUUGAAUUCUGAGCUCACUCGCGGUCCAAGGGAAGCCAUGCAGGAUGAGGAUGGAUACAUCACCCUGAAUAUUAAGCCUCAAAAACCAGCUCCCUCCUCAGUUGACCCUGCCUCCUCUUCUUGGUGGCGUGUGAUGUCUUUAAUUCUGCUCAUCUUGUCCCUGGGGAUGGUUGCUGCUCUGGUGGCCCUGGGGAUUAUGUCUGUCACACAACAAAAUAACCUACAAGCUGAGAAGGAAAAUCUCUCAGGCACUGUGCAAAACUUAGCGAAGAAUUUCUGCCAACAUAUAAUACAACAACUGGAAGAAAACCAAAAGCGCAGUGCCGAUCACAAAUGCAGUCCCUGUGAUACAAACUGGAGAUACCAUGGGGACAGUUGCUAUGGAUUCUUCAGGCACAAUUUGACCUGGGAAGAGAGUAAGCGGUAUUGCUCCAACCGGAAUGCAACCCUCACGAAGACUGCCAGCAAGAACAUUCUGGAUUACAUCAAAGACAGGACUGUUUUCAUUCGUUGGGUUGGAUUAUCCCGCCAGAAUGCUGAUAAGGUCUGGAUGUGGGACGAUGGAUCAGUUCUCUCCAAAAAUAUCAGCCAAUUUCGGUUCUUUCACCAACGUGCUCAACUUCCUCAACCUGUAUCAACCUCCUGCAUCAUCUUCUUUAUCUAUCAAAGCAUCUUAGUCAUGCAUGAGGAAGAAAUAUACACCUCUCUUCAGUGGGAUAAUCAAACAUCACAUUCUUCUCAGAAAUGUCUUUCUUCCACCAAAAUUUCAGGAAUAUGGUGUACUCUGAUGGUGAUUUCCUGUAUUUUCUGUGUGGGCUUAUUAACUACAUCUAUUUUCCUGGGAAUCAAGGUGUUUCAGGCCACCACUACCAUAAUGAAGCAAGAAGAAAAACUCAUCCAGCGGGAUAGAGAACUGUUGAACUGCACACAGUGGGAGAAAAAAUAUACCCUGCAGAGGAAAUAUUACCAGACCUUACUGCAAAACGUUUUCAGUUCAGCCCAUAACUGUGGCCCUUGUCCACAAAACUGGAUUCAGAAUGGCAAAAGUUGUUACCAUGUUUUUAAAAUCUGGAAAACUUGGGAUUCUGGUAAAGAGAAUUGUUUGAAGGAAGGCUCCAGGCUUCUGCAAAUAGACAGCAAAGAAGAAAUGGACUUUGUCAGCGGCAGUUUGCAGAAGGUCAAAGCCAGCUAUGAGUACUGGGUAGGAGCUUCUCAGGAUGGACCCCAUGGACCAUGGCUUUGGCAGGAUGGCUCCACUCCUCCUCCUGACCUGUUCCCAAUAUCGAGACCCCCAUCAGUUAGCCAGGUCUGCAGAUACCUCAGAGAUAAUUCCCUUUUCUCUGCUAAUUGUACCAAUUGGAAAUACUUCAUCUGUGAGAAGGAUGCAUUGAGAGCCUCCAUCUGAAAGCAGUUGUUCAAAGUGACCCUUCGUUUGCAUUGGUACCUGGAACAAGCACUUGGAAAACCUGCCACAAAGAAAUCAAAUAUCAAAUAAAGAAGAAAACUACUAUUAGUAAGAGCUAUGAAGCCAGCUUUCUGGGACUCAAAACAAGCCUUUGUAUUUAUACUUGGUAAUAUUUGUUAAUACUUGCCAGAUUUCAAUGGACAAUGUUCAAAUUGCCAAGAAUAAAAUUGAUUUAGAGUUACAAAGAACCAAUCCUGCUACACCAAGAACCAUGUAAAGAAAAUAGCUAAUUUCUCUCUCUUUUUAAAGUCUAGAAUAACUAUGAACACCACAAAGAAAUCUAUAUGUCACUGGGGGAGGUGGUGCAUUUAUAGCUGGCUGAUUUUUAAAAAUAAAUAAGUAAAUAAAGUUGGCCUUCUAAA